AUGAUUCCCCUCGAACGACACAAGGAGCUCAAAAGCGAAGCGUCGAAGGUCUUAUACGUUUGCGAUGUCAUGAAUCUACUCGGCAUGACUCCGAAGCAAUUCUUCCUUGCAUUCGUCGAGCAAACCGAUACGCAGUUAAGGAGUCGGCGUCGGCUUUGGGCAGAUGAUGCCUGGGACUCAACGAAAACCCUGCUGGAGGCAAUCGGAACGAUGAUCUGCUCUCACAAAGCUGGGGAAACCAACUGGAAUGGUUUCAUCCUUAGUCAGGCAAAGACAAUUCUGAAAGUCGAUAAAAUGCGUGAAAACCCUCGAGGGAUGUAUUUCAACUCAAAAGAAAUAACAGCUGAUUUUUUCAGCAAAGAUAACCUAGCGAAACGAGAUCAUCGAAUAACAGUCGAGGAGCAUCCAUUCCUAUACAACCUUCUCAAAUCAAAAAUACUGCACAAAUCAUCAUUCAGAGAUGAUGCAGAUGAUCCUACUAGCGAUGAAGAUGACAGCGACUCUCUUCAGGAUUCCGAUGAGGAGCUUGUUGAAAAGGACAAGGACUCUAAGAUUGCUGCAAAAAUCCAUCGAGCACAUGUUAUAUCAAAAACAAUUUGUUCCAUGGUGGAUUUUGCAUCAAACCGACAAAAAAAUUCCAUGCAACUUGAAAAUGCGGCUGUUUUUCUAGCUUGUGGGGUCUCUGAUUGUGUCAACAAAUAUCUCAACUUUAUCGGCUUAAGCUCCUGCUGUUUAACAGCACAUUUGGCAUUGCAUACACUUGGAAAGAAGGCCGAAAAAACAAUCAUAAAUCGCAUGAAACUUGGUCCAGCUGCCUCUCCGAAUUUAUGCCCUUUGAUUUGCAUCGACAACCUUGACUUCCAACAGGCUGUUCAUGUUAAAUCGGUCGACAACCAAAGUACGAUGUUCCACGGUACCUGGGGGUACCUUCAUCUGCCUCAUCCCGAUCUUCUAGACAGUGUGGAUCCGAAAGACCUCUCUCUAGAAGCUUACAGGAAUGCAAUUGCAAAUUCAGGCGACAAACUUAUAUCGCCAGCAAUAUUCAUUCUCAACAAGACUGAAAGCGGGCAUUACCAAUCGGUGUUGAAGAGCCAGGUUGCUUCUGUUAUGAUAACCUACAUCGCCAAAACUAGUGAUAAAACACCAACAAUCCCACUGAGGCCGCCACCAAUAGAGGUUCUAGCCGCUCGCAAGCCAGACAUCACCAUGCUCAAGUUAAUGGUUGCCUCCGACAACAGCUCAGAAGGAGUCGGAGAGGUGUUGGAAGGCCUUGCACGACAAAGCGGACUGAAACCUUCUAACUUGCGUGCCCAGCGGAAGCCAAAUGAUUGA